AUGAAAGCGAAAUAUUAUAAAAUUGUUCUUAUUUCAUUCAGAAUGCCAGUAGUUGUUACGACAAUUGAAUCUACAGGGUCCAAGAAAGAGAAAUGCAUUGACAGUAUCAUAGAACACAUAAAUGAAAUUGAACAUAAAUAUCAUAAUAUUUAUGAAAAUGAUAAAACAUUGCUCUGUCCAAAAUGUGAGCAAUUAACUACCUAUUUAAAUAACGAAAAUUGUGAGAAAAAUGUAAUAUAUUCUUUGUAUAAUUCAGAAAUAUCUAAUGUACUAAAUAUUUGUGCUAAGUCCAAUUGUUCUAGCAAUAUUUCACCAGAUGAUGCAAUAUUUUUAGAAUAUGUAUCAAAAGAACAACAAGUAAAUGAAAGUAGUCAAAGAGAAUUAACUGAACCAGAACGGAAUCAACAAAAAGAUCAUUCACAAUCUGAUGUAAAACUUCUUUCUAGCUCUUCUCAAACUCCAGAUGUAGAAUAUGAAUCAGUGAGUAAAAAUCCAUCUAGUGCACAUGUACAGGAAGAGCCUUCGUCAAAAUUAUUGUCUUCCUUUGUUCCUUCACAAAAUGCAGAAUUAAAUACCAAUGGAACUUUUCCUUCUCCACAAACAGAAUCUACUGAUGAACAUGGUCCAAGCAAUAAAUUGGAAGUAUCUGUAUCAGGUACAACACUUCUUCCAAAAAAAUUACCUGAUUCUAAUGCUGACAGUUUAGAGAAUGACGGAAUCCUGGGUCAAAUCAGUGAACUCCUUGUUACAGAAGUCUCCAAUGUGGUAAACUAUUUAUACAGAACAAUUUUUUCAGGAGUAUUUGGCUAUUCAAAGUAUGAACAAAACAAAAAGGGUGAUACAGAUACUGAUCAAAUUCAAUCAGGUAGGCCAGUUACUACUAAUACAUAUUCAACUCACUUGCGCAAUGAAGGUGCACGUGAUAGUGACACACCUUCCAGCGAUGGAAAACUUGGUGAUGUUCAUAAUGGUAACUCACCUUCUGGUAUUAUAAAUACAUGUGAAACAAAUACUAAUAUUGCAAAGGAUGGUAUAAAAUGUACAAAUGGACAAGGAAUGCAUGAAAAAAAUAAUAGUGCCCAACGUAAUCAUUACAACCCCCAUGACAAUACAGUUGCUUCAGGUAAAAAUUCUAACAAAGCAACUGUAAAUAGUCAAUCAUCUCGUAGCUCACCUAGUAAAGAAUUAACAGACGAAAAAGUAACGUCUGUUAGUUCUAGUAAGGUUUCAAGUGCACCUAAUAUAUCACCCAAUGGGACGACAAAUACAACUUCUAUUUAUAGUUCUUUUGUAGAAAAUGCAAAAGCAAGUGAAGAUGGGUCACUUGUUACUACAGGUACAGAUGGUAUGGGUACCACAGGAAGUGGCAAUGUGCUAGAUGGAUCAGAUGGGAAUGCUCAAACAACACCAUAUAUAUUAUAUAUUGUAAUAAUUGUAGUAUCCUUAACAAUAGUAAUAUUAUUCAUACUUCUUAUAAAAUACACUUAUUUGUCAAGGCUCUUCUCUAACGAAAAGAGAAGGAAAAGAAAAGCGAUAGAAGAUAAAUUGCAUAAAAUAUUGAUAGAACCAUCAGCUUCAAAAGAGAAACGUAUCCAAUUGGCAUAUAAUUCUUUUGAAAAUUGA